AUGAUCGGUAUGAGCGGCCCUUACAUUACUGCCAUCGCCCUUGUGGCACUCGCCUGCUCCCGGGCUGUAAUUUGCUCUGGUCAGCAGGCGCAGGUCGUGGAGCCAGAGGAGGGGGCGAGUUUGAGCCUCGGCCUCUUUGCCUCGGAGCAGGAUGCUGCGAAGGCCUACGAUUGCGGCCUCCUCGCCCUCCAGGCAAGCGAGGCACCAGUGAACUUUCCCGGCAAGAAGUACAAGCAGGGCGAUAUCGAGCAGGUCGCCGACGAGCUGGAGGACGUAUGGUUUCCGCGGCAUUCCGCGAGGUUCAUGGGAGUGUACCGAACUCUCACCAGCACGAAGUGGCGAGCCGAGCUUGAGAUUUACAACGUCAAGCAGUUCCUCGGCAGCUUCGAUGACGAAGAAGAGGCGGCUCGAGCAGUGGACGCUGCCAUCCGCAGCACGGGUGCUGAGAAGGCUCUUCAGCUUCGCAUGCUCAACUUCUGUACCGACGCGGACUAUUUCGAGGAGGAUUCCUGGGAGGAGGAAGCAGUGCCCAGAGGGGCGUCAUCUCGCUUUAUGGGCGUCACCUACCACCAGCCUAGCGGCCAAUUCUUGGCCAGAUUUGGUCGAAGGCACCUCGGACUGUAUGAUGAGGAGGACGAUGCUGCGCGUGCCUUCGACAAGGCACAUCGCGGUGUUCCUCUGGGGAUUUCGUUUUCGGAGUUGAAAGAAGCGGGACAGUCUCAGAGCCUGCCCUGUCAUGAUGAAGCCUUGGAGGGAGUUCCCUUUAUUGAGCCACGAGCUACGGACGUCACAUCCCUGCACUUGAAACAAACAUCGCAUGGAGGAUAUUACAGCAUGCACAUACAUCGCGGAGAAGCGGAGAGGGUUGGAGUCAGUUCCGGGCCCGCAGAGGGGCCUUUCAGGCGCCUGAGCGUGUCUACGGAUGAAAAGGAGUGCCAGAUGCUAACGGUCCGUGCGGCGAACUUUAUAGCCCGGCGGUAG